AGUACUACUAAAAUUCUGCUAAAGGAUGUCUGCUUCAAAACUAUUUACUCUUCACCCUUUCACUUUUUCCUUUAAAAGGAUUGUGUUCUUUUGCAAGACAGCUUCAACUUCUGGUUUUUAUAGUACCUCAGUUAAUUUGUCUUCUCUGAAAAUUGAAUCAAUCUCUUACAAAAGUCAUGGCGUCCCAUCCAAAGUUUUGAACCUUGAAACUUCCUUUCUGCCCUCCAAAUUUGAUGAACAUUCUGUUUUAGUAAAAUUAUUAGCAGCUCCCGUCAAUCCUUCGGAUAUAAAUCAGAUCGAAGGUGUUUAUGCGAUUUUACCUAAAUUACCAGCCGUGGGUGGGAACGAGGGGGUAGGGGAGGUUUUACAGAUAGGAUCGAAAGUCACCUCCCUGCAAGUAGGCGACUGGGUUGUCCCUGCCCAAGCGGGAUCUGGGACUUGGAGGACGCAUAUGCUGGGGGCCCACAACGAGUUUACUCGGAUCCCCAACGACCUUUCU